GCGACUUAGCGGCUGGAGAGAGGCCAGGACUCAGUUCCCCUGCCCUAGCCUGGGCGUAGUGGGUGGGACUCUAACACAGAGCAUAUUUUCCAAAGCAGGUUUCUUUGCAGUUUACCGACUCUUUAGCAGCGCUAAACGCGAGGCCAAAAGGCCAAGAGCAGCCUGGAGCCGCCCCAGGCGACGGACACCUGCCCGGAGUUUGGGGGGCUGGAGGCUGGGGACAGGGGGCAGGGAGCGUCGCGAGCACAUCAGCGGGACCCAGACCCCAGUGACCUCACCAUGACACCCCAGUCACCAGUAUCCUUGAUCUGCUAGUGGCAUCCAUUGGUCAGUCCCACGUAAGAAGAACGGCUCACCCGGAAGUACUCUGAGCAGCUACUAACACCAUGUUCUGCACCAAGCUGAAGGAUCUUAAGAUCACAGGGGAGUGCCCUUUGUCCUUACUGGCACCCGGGCAGGUUCCCCAGGAGCCAGCAGAAGAGGUAGCAGAAAGCUCAGAGAGUGGCAAAGCAACUCUGCCCAUCUGUCAGGAUGUCCUUGAGAAGAAUGUUCAAAGAAGUUCUCCUCAAAGAAAGACCAGUAGGAGCCGAGUUUAUCUUCACACAUUAGCGGAGAGUAUUUGCAAACUGAUUUUUCCCGAGUUGGAGCGGCUGAACCUUGCACUUCAGAGGACAUUGGCGAAACACAAAAUAAAAGAAAGCAGGAAAUCUUUGGAAAGAGAAGACUUGGAAAAAAUAAUUACAGACCAAGCAGUUGCAGCAGGAGUUCCAGUGGAAAUCGUCAAAGAGUCUCUCGGGGAAGAGCUUUUCAAAAUAUGUUACGAGGAAGAUGAACACAUUCUAGGUGUGGUUGGAGGAACCCUCAAAGAUUUUUUAAAUAGCUUCAGCACCCUCCUGAAACAGAGCAGCCACUGCCAAGAAGCAGAAAAGAGAGAUAGGUUUGAGGACGCUUCCAUUCUGUGCCUGGAUAAAGACCACGAUUUCUUAAAUGUGUACUAUUUUUUCCCUAAGAGAAUCACGUCCCUGAUUCUUCCUGGCAUCAUGAAGGCUGCUGCUCGCGUGUUGUACGAAACCGAAGUGGAGGUGUCCGUCCUGCCUCCCUGCUUCCGGAAUGACGGCAGCGAGUUCGUCAAUCAGCCCUAUCUGUUAUACUCCCUCCACAUCAAAAGCACCAAACCAUCCCUGUCCCCGGGGAAGCCCCAGUCCUCGCUGGUGAUUCCCGCGUCCCUCUUCUGCAAGACCUUUCCUUUCCACUUCAUGUUUGACAAGGACUUGACGAUUCUGCAGUUUGGCAAUGGCAUUAGAAGGCUGAUGAACAGGAAGGACUUCCAAGGAAAGCCGAAUUUUGAUGAGUACUUUGAAAUUCUGACUCCCAAAAUCAACCAAACGUUUAGUGGGAUCAUGGCUAUGCUGAACAUGCAGUUUGUCGUCCGAGUGAGGAGGUGGGACAACUCUGUGAAGAAAUCUUCAAGGGUUAUGGACCUCAAAGGCCAAAUGAUCUACAUUGUUGAAUCGAGUGCGAUCUUGUUCUUGGGGUCACCCUGCGUGGACAGAUUGGAAGAUUUUACAGGACGUGGGCUCUACCUGUCAGACAUCCCGAUUCACAAUGCACUGAGGGAUGUAGUCUUGAUAGGAGAGCAGGCCCGAGCACAAGAUGGCCUGAAGAAGAGGUUGGGCAAGCUGAAGGCCACCCUCGAGCAAGCCCACCAAGCCCUGGAGGAGGAGAAGAAGAAGACGGUGGAUCUCCUGUGCUCCAUAUUUCCCUCCGAGGUUGCGCAACAGCUGUGGCAAGGGCAAGUUGUGCAAGCCAAGAAGUUCAGUGACGUCACCAUGCUUUUCUCCGACAUCGUGGGGUUCACGGCCAUCUGUUCCCAGUGCUCACCGCUGCAGGUCAUCACCAUGCUCAACGCACUCUACACUCGCUUUGACCAACAGUGCGGUGAGCUGGAUGUCUACAAGGUGGAGACCAUUGGUGACGCAUACUGUGUGGCUGGGGGACUACACAAAGAAAGUGACACCCAUGCUGUUCAGAUAGCGCUGAUGGCCCUGAAGAUGAUGGAGCUCUCGGAUGAAGUCAUGUCUCCCCACGGAGAACCUAUCAAGAUGCGAAUUGGACUGCACUCCGGGUCAGUUUUUGCUGGCGUUGUUGGCGUUAAAAUGCCUCGUUACUGUCUUUUUGGAAACAACGUCACCUUGGCGAACAAAUUUGAGUCCUGCAGUGUUCCACGGAAAAUCAAUGUCAGCCCAACAACGUACAGAUUACUCAAAGACUGCCCUGGUUUUGUGUUUACCCCUCGAUCAAGGGAGGAACUUCCACCAAACUUCCCCAGUGAAAUUCCUGGAAUCUGUCAUUUUCUGGAAGCUUAUCAACCAGUAACAAAUUCAAAACCGUGGUUCCAGAAGAAAGAUGUCGAAGAUGGCAAUGCCAAUUUCUUGGGCAAAGCCUCAGGAAUAGAUUAGCAAAAUACAUAUCUGCUUAUUAGUCUUUGGAUUUUGACUCCUAUGAGCAGGUGCGGAAUCUCUGAAAGCACUUUAUUAUUGCGGAUGACUAAGAACAGUAUUAAAAUUUUAGGAGCUAAAUCACGAUCUACUUUUUCUUCCACUUAACAUGAUAAAAAUGUAUUCACUUCAACACUUCAAGUCUUCAGAGGGAAAAAAAAAAAAGGAAAGGAACCUCAAAAAUGACCUCUGGGGGAUAUUUCUGAUACUAUCCCCAUCACUUAUUACCUGUACUCACAAUUUAGCAUAUUGUAUAUAUGUCAGAUAGGUGUAGUGCCCUGACCUGCACGGUCCAAUGGAGUGACCUGUAGUCUUGUGUCCUGGUGGAAUGCCGUGGUUGUGAAAGUGCAUUUGUGAUAGUGUGCCCCCACAAAAGCUUUCCAAAUAGAAAUUAGAGUCUUUGGUACCAUUAGCUCUUUGAACCUUUCAGCUCUGCAUUUUAUUAUAUUUCUUCAUUUCACUGUUGGUGUAUGUAACAAAAUAGGUUGGGUAUUUUUUUCUGUUGCACUUUUUUUUUUUUAAGGAAAUAAGCAAUUAUGGGUUAGAUGCAAUAUGACUAUAAAGUAGUUCUUCUAUAAAUAUCAAAGUUUGUUUUAUAAAAAUAUCUGCCAUAAUGUAAUGUGUCAUAUCAAUAAAUACUACCUUUUGUUUGA